GAGCUAACCGAGAGCGUUAUUCUCGACUGAUAAGAUCUAUGCGCAGGGACACUAGAGAAAUCGAUCAGUCGAGUCUGAUAUCUCGCUGAGAUACCGCGAUCGAAAGACCAAAGUUGCUUUAUGGCCUUCUUAGCGCUUUAUAAAUGUAAUAAAAGUUCGUAGGGGAAUAGUCCGGAAAGUUUGUUAAGACUCGAUUUGUAAAAGGACCAAGGAUGUCUUUGAAGAGCUUUCGAAGUGGUUUCACGGUGAAACUAUGGAAAGAAAAACAGCCAAGCAAGACGACGAGCGAUCAGGAUUGCACCGACGAGGAUUGCUAUCGAGAGACAACCAACUUGCGGAAACAUGCCGUCGUCGGUGAGGUCGAAGACACGAAAAUGGCGAUAUCGACCUACGAGAAGAGUUCACGAUCGAGGGAGCUCAUAAAGCGCGCAAUUUCGCAAAAUAAAUUUCUCGGAAAUCUAAGAGCGGUCGACAUCGAGCAGCUCACGUCCGCGAUGCAACCGCAAGAAGUCUUGCCUAAUACGAGACUCAUCAACGAGGGCGAGAUAGGCUCGCAUCUGUACGUCUCGGAAAAGGGCACUUUUGAGAUUUACGUGGGAAAAACGUAUUACGGAAAAUUCGGAGCCGGAGUCGCUUUCGGCGAACUCGCCUUGCUCUACAAUACCAAGAGAUUGUGCUCCAUAGAUGUACAGACGAACGGGAAGGUUUGGGUACUCGACAGAAAGAGCUUUUGCGCCAUAAUAUGGAGAUCCAUGAAGGAAUCCACGGAGUACAAUCUCCAAGUGCUUCGGCAGAUCGAGAUUCUGAAGGAGCUGCCGGAGGAAGUGCUCUCGAAGAUGUCCGAUCUAAUAGUCGUGGAAUUCUUCCGUGGCAACACCCACAUUUUUCGCGAAGGCGAGCCGGGUGACAAGUUCUACAUAGUUAACGGCGGCAACGUAAAGAUCACCAAGAAGAAAUCGUACGGGGCUGACGACGAGCUCGUUAUCCUCGAGAAGGGCGAUUACUUUGGCGAGAAGGCGCUUUACGGCGACGAGUGCCGUCGACAGGCGAACGCCAUAGCUCUGCCGCCUGGCGCCGAAUGUUACACCAUCGAUAGGCAGUCGUUCAUAGAUUACCUCGGCGAGUUGGGAUCGAUCAAGAACAAGAUAUGGAAGAUCAACAGAAAUCCGGCCGUGAAGGACAAUUGGAAGGAAGAAUUUAAAGAUUUGACCCUGGCCGAUAUGGAAAUCGAGGGUACGAUCGGCAAAGGUGGUUACGGAAGGGUAGAAUUGGUGACCAUCGACUCGAUGUCGAGUAUAAGUUUUGCGAGGAAGAAAGUCAGGAAGAGCAUGAUCACGAAAAUGAAGUUACAAAAAUUGAUCUACAAUGAAAAGUACAAUCUGAUGGCUUGCGAUUCUCCUUUCAUUUGCAGAUUGUUACGAACGUUCAAAGACAAGAGAUAUCUUUAUUUCCUCAUGGAGGUCUGCCUCGGCGGGGAUCUACGAACGGCGUUGCAGAGAAAAGUUCGUUUCGCGUCUUCCGAGGCAAAGUUCGUCGUCGCUUGCAUCCUCGAGGGCAUCAAUCACCUGCACUCUCUCGGCAUCGUUUACAGAGAUCUCAAACCCGAGAACAUAUUGUUCGACCAGAACGGUUACAUGAAACUCGCCGACCUUGGAUCGAGCAAAUUCAUUGGCCCUUACAAGACCAUGACGUACGUCGGUACUAUCGAGUAUUUAGCCCCGGAAGUCAUUCAGAGUUUGGGAUACAAUAGGGCCGCCGACUAUUGGUCGUUGGGUAUCGUCAUCUACGAGUUGUUGUUAGGUUGGACUCCGUUUCAAGGUAUCAACGAGGUCGAAGUAGGUAACAAUAUCAUCGGGGGUAUCGAGGCGAUUGAAAUGCCAAAGAUACUUUCCAACUCGGCCAAAGAUAUUAUUCAACGUUUGCUCAAGGCAGAUCCUACGAAAAGACUCGGUUACUUGCGAAACGGUGCCACGGAUGUUCGUCAUCACAGAUGGUUCAAGGAUAUAAAUUGGAGAUCGUUACAAAAUCUGUCCAUGUCCUCGCCCGUGAAACCCACGGUGAAGCAUCAUCUCGACAGAAGGAAUUUCGAGAGAUAUCCGAUCGAUCGCGACGUCGCACCAUUGGAUUUUUCAGAUUGGGACGAAAAUUUUUAAGGAAGAGCGCAACGAAACUCCCUUCGAGUUUCAUUCGUCUAUGAAAAUUUAUUAUUAGAAUUAACUAAGUUAAGUUUAAGUUUGCGACGUAAAAAGAGAGAUAAGGAACUCGAUGGCGGACGGAUUUGAAAUAGGCACGUUCGACGCUCGAAGUGACUCCGACAAGGUCCGAUAGGGUUCGCGACGUUCGGCCAAUCGGAAAGACGAUGAGCGCGCAUCGCGCUCGUGCGGCGCAAAGAGCGUACCACCCGGCGACCCCUCGCCCCCCAACCAACCCUCCGUCGCCGUCGACCGAGCUAUCAGUCCUACUGUUGAUGGUCGACGACGCUGUUGGCGAAUUGCAAAUGGCGUCACGUAAGGCAAUAUGAGCGUGCGUGUCCCGUGUAGUAACGCGUACGGACCUCGUCCGGGCGCGGUGCCUCGCGGCCCAGCCUGACGGCGAGCUUCGCUGGAACUCCUUCGUUUGGAAGUGCGUGCUUUCGAUCGAUCAGUGAUUUCAUACUUUUAUCUUCCUUCCACGAUCUUUCCUUCUUUUCUUCCUUCUUCCCCUUCUCAACGUCAUCCCCCUUCCUUCUCCUCC